AUCUAAGUUGAAGUAUUUGGCAUUCUACCGUUCAAGCGACAGAACUGAACAUGUCUAUCCUGUUGACUGCAGGAAAAAAGGGCGUCUCAAAGCCUAAAAGCGCCAAACCUAAGAAGAAAGCUUCUCAACCAAGAAACUUACAAACACCAUCAGGUGAUCCCACCCCACCGAUGUCAACCGAUAACACCAAAGUCUGGUAUUGGAUGUGCGAUGACGAACCUACAACUGUCAUGUAUAGUGAGAAAACUGGAGAAGUUUGGGCAAAUGGGUCGUAUUGGGAUACUAAUCAGUACUUUUCUGAAGAAGGAAUUGCGAUUGAUUUCAACUUUCUAGUCAAUCAAACUGAGCAAGCACAAAUGCACAGCGGUAGAAUCAAAAGAAUUGAGCAUAAUGCUAGAGCGAUCUAUGAGCUUUAUGUUGACGGUUGCAUGAUAAUUGAACACAAAAAUUAUGAAGCCAGUCCUCCAGCAAACUAUCAAGACAAGAAAGAUAAUUGAACUAUCUUGAUUGGGAGAAAUAUGAACAUUUUAUAAUUUAUGUAGUAAACCUUUGAAUUCUCCAAAACACUCUUUCCUCUCUCUCUCUCUCUUUCUCUUUCUCUCUGUCUAUUAUAAUGACUGUUAAUGUUUUUUUAACUUUCUUCUCCUUGAAUAAUUUUAACUGUAAAUGAAUAACAAGAUUACUAAACUACAAAAAGAAGAAUAAGAAUAAUAAUGACAGCAACAACAAUAUCAACAACAACAAAAUAUGAAUAUUAAUAAUUCUAAUAAAGUUUACAAAAAAAGAUGAUAAAUCAAUUAAUAAACUAAUUCAUUAGCAUCUUUUUUUUCUAAACAAUACUUCUAGUUAAAGGAAAUGAUGAUAACUUUGAUGAUUAUAAUGAAUAUUGAUGAUGAUGAUGAUGAUGAUGAUGAUGAUGAUGAUAAUGAUGAUGAU